CCCGUUGCAGGAAGGGUUUAUCCCCAGGUUCUGUGUGCUGCAGCCAGGGAAUGAUGCUUAUCGGCGCCUCAGGGGUGGGAACAGACCCAAAUCCCUGCUCCAGCUCCCAGCGCUGGUUUGUCCAUCCGAGGCAGCAGGCGGAGAGGUUUAAAGCGUGAACAUUUCCCUUAUAGGGAGGUGCUGAGGGCCGGGAGUAUUGAAAUCCCACACAAAGCAGGGGUUGCCCCCUCCUUUAUCCCACAUCCAUCCAGCUUUGCCGGUGCUGGGGGAUUCUUGGCGUUCCUGGGAGCAUCCCAGGGCCGUGGCCACCCUCCCGAUGCUCCCAAGCACCGGCAGAGCCAGGGGCUGGAUUGGCUGCGGUGGCCAAACCUUUCCUUUUUAGGCUGCACGCCUGCUCCUGCCUGCUUGGAGGCUUUGCUGCUGCGGUCCCAGCUCCAAAGUGGCCGCGCCGACGCUUCCCAUCCAUCCCGAGUGCGGUGCCGAGGGAUCCUGCAGGGAUCGGGAGCUUGGAGCUGGACCCGCCUCUGCCUGGAACCAGCCAUGGUCCCACCUCCUCUUUGCCGAGCCCAUCACUUAUAAGGGCUUGAGUCUCACUUGUUUAUCAGCACGGAGCAUAAAAGGAGCAGACUCAGGGGCAGGACCCGCCUCUGAGCCUUCACGUAUUUAUACCAAAGGCUCAUCGGGAUUCGGUCCCAGAGGAAAGGAGCCCUCGCCUCUGCGCUUUUCCCCCCAGGUCCCCCCUGACCACCAGCAGCUCCCGGCCCCACCAUGUGCGAGGAGGAAACAACCGCCCUGGUCUGCGACAACGGCUCCGGCCUCUGCAAAGCCGGGUUCGCCGGUGACGAUGCCCCUCGCGCCGUCUUCCCCUCCAUCGUGGGGCGGCCCCGGCACCAGGGUGUCAUGGUGGGCAUGGGGCAGAAAGACAGCUACGUAGGCGAUGAGGCGCAGAGCAAGAGGGGUAUCCUCACGCUCAAGUACCCCAUUGAGCACGGCAUCAUCACCAACUGGGAUGACAUGGAGAAGAUCUGGCACCAUUCCUUCUACAAUGAGCUGCGCGUGGCCCCCGAGGAGCACCCGACCCUGCUCACUGAGGCACCCCUCAACCCCAAGGCCAACCGGGAGAAGAUGACCCAGAUCAUGUUUGAAACCUUCAAUGUCCCCGCCAUGUACGUCGCCAUCCAAGCCGUCCUCUCCCUUUACGCCUCCGGCCGCACGACCGGCAUCGUCCUCGACUCCGGGGACGGCGUCACCCACAACGUGCCCAUCUAUGAGGGCUACGCGCUGCCCCACGCCAUCAUGCGCCUUGACUUGGCCGGCCGCGACCUCACCGACUACCUCAUGAAGAUCCUCACCGAGAGGGGCUACUCCUUCGUCACCACCGCCGAGAGGGAAAUCGUGCGCGACAUCAAGGAGAAGCUCUGCUACGUGGCCCUUGACUUCGAGAACGAGAUGGCCACGGCUGCCUCCUCCUCCUCGCUGGAGAAGAGCUACGAGCUCCCCGAUGGGCAGGUCAUCACCAUCGGCAACGAGCGCUUCCGCUGCCCUGAGACCCUGUUCCAACCCUCCUUCAUCGGCAUGGAGUCAGCCGGCAUCCACGAGACCACCUACAACUCCAUCAUGAAGUGCGACAUCGACAUCCGCAAGGAUCUCUACGCCAACAACGUCUUGUCCGGCGGCACCACCAUGUACCCCGGCAUCGCCGACCGCAUGCAGAAGGAGAUCACGGCGCUGGCUCCCAGCACCAUGAAGAUCAAAAUCAUCGCCCCGCCGGAGCGCAAGUACUCGGUGUGGAUCGGCGGCUCCAUCCUGGCGUCCCUCUCCACCUUCCAGCAGAUGUGGAUCAGCAAACCCGAGUACGACGAGGCCGGACCCUCCAUCGUCCACCGAAAAUGCUUCUAAGCCCCCUCCUCACCCCAUGGUGGCCCCAACCGCCUGGCUGGGGCCCCCUGCUCCUCCUCGGUCCCCACUGCUCCUCCCCACCGCGCAUUAAAGCCUUUUCUCCAG